CAAAUUUGACCUCACCAAGGUCACAAGUGACUACAAAAUCCAGAUGCCUUCUUCUAAAUCCAAGAUUCUUGAGAAAAUGCUUCCUAGUCAGACAAUGCUUGCUGGGUUGUGUAAUGUUAAUUAUUCCAAAUCGAAUAAUUACAGUGAUUUUAUGAACUCAAUGAUAUCGAAGGUGAACAUUUCAGAGAUGCAGAAUGUAUCACCUAUUUCAGACAGGGCUAGACCAGCAAAGAAGAUAGCACCCAAACACAGAGUAACCAAAAGUGAUUUCUUUGAAAACUCCCAUAAAAAAGGCUACCAUGGCAUAAAACUCCGAAAACUCAAAAUCAAAGAAGGAAAAUAACCCUCCUGUUCAACCCACA